GACUAGAAGAUCCAGAGUUCUCUGUGAUCUAUUACUUCAGUCUAGAAUGAGCUUCGCCUUGGCGGAAAUACUGACGUGUUCACAGCAGAGUAGCGCGAGCGGCGGACAGGCAGCCGAGAGUGACACAGCGGCAGCAUCCGGAUAGAAAAGAUAGAAUGUCAGAAGGAGACAGUUCUGCUGAAUCCAUCCAUGGGAAACCAUCCGUCAUAGCAAGCUUCUUCACACGUCUUGGACAGAUCUACCAGUCAUGGUUGGACAAGUCGACUCCGUUCUCAGCAGUACGAUGGGCGGUCACGCUUAUCCUUACAGCAAUAUACAUGAUCAGAGUGUAUAUACUACAGGGGUGGUACAUAGUCACAUAUGCUCUCGGAAUCUACCAUCUCAAUCUGUUCAUCGCUUUUCUUUCGCCAAAAGUGGACCCAUCGUUGCUGGAUGACCCAGACGAUGGUCCGUCACUUCCUACAAAGCAGAAUGAGGAGUUCAGGCCGUUCAUCAGAAGGCUACCGGAGUUUAAAUUCUGGCAUUCUGCGACGAAAGGCAUCAUCGUCGCUAUGAUUUGCACGUUCUUUGAAGCAUUCAACGUGCCAGUUUUCUGGCCCAUCCUUGUCAUGUACUUCAUCAUGCUCUUCUGCAUCACCAUGAAGCGUCAGAUCAAGCAUAUGGUUAAAUAUAGAUACCUGCCCUUCACACAUGGGAAGAGGACAUACAGAGGCAAGGACGACACAGGGAAAGCUUUUGCUAGUUAAAAUCCCUCCUUUUCCCUUCAGUCUAAUUAAAGUUAUUGAUGAAGAAUGAGGAAACAUAAGAGUCUUGAGGGCUUUAAAAUGUAAGAAAUGGAUGAAGAGAGUUGACAUUUGUUCUUUUAAUUUACAUUGUUCUGGACCCUAACUGCUAACAUAGAGAGAGGUUUUUUUCAGCACUGUAGGUGAGGAUCAAAACGUUUUUUCCUAUUAAUGUGCAUAAUGUUUUAUGGGGGUUUAUAUAUAAAUAUAUGUAUAUUUUAAAAGGUAAAUUGAGAUUAUUUUGAAUGUCAUUUUUUCUUUUUUCUUUAGACAUGUGAUUCCAGGUGUUAAUUCUGACAUUAAAUUAAAUUACAUAAAUUGAAUACUAGAUCUGUACAUUUCUCAUUAAAGGCAUUGCAUGUCUUUGGUUUACUUGUGUUACUGUUCAAAAGAAAAUGAUUUUAAUAACUACACUGUAAAUUUUUCACUCCAAAUGCUAUUAAAAGACAGUGUCCCUUCAA